AUGAGACGUAUCUUUGCCUUCAGUCAGAGCCACGAUAACCUGAGAUACCUUGAUAGCUUAUGCAAACAGCAGCAAGGGAGCAAGACCCAGGGUGGAGCACGAAGGUCACCUUGGGCUAUGAAAACCCCUGAGUAUCCAGAAAUCCAGGCUCAUUCGAAAGUGUGGCAUAACUACGACAAAAACUUCCGCCCCCAUCAGAAGGGUUUGCUGUCCAUUACCUUGGGGUCCCACUGGAUAGAACCAAACAAAACAGAAAACAUGGCCGAUACAAUCAGCUGCCAGCACUCUAUGGCUUUUGUGCUUGGGUGGUUUGCCAACCCCAUCCAUGCAGACGGCGACUACCCUGAGUUCAUGAAAACAUUGUCCACCAUGCCAGUGUUCUCUGAGGCAGAGAAGGAGGAGGUGAGGGGCACAGCUGACUUCUUUGCCUUUUCCUUUGGGCCCAACAAUUUCAGGCCCUCGAACACUGUAGUGAAAAUGGGACAAAAUGUAUCACUCAACUUAAGACAGGUGCUGAACUGGAUUAAAUUAGAAUAUGACAACCCUCGAAUCUUGAUUUCGGAGAAUGGCUGGUUCACAGAUAGUGACAUAAAGACAGAGGACACCACAGCCAUCUACAUGAUGAAGCAUUUCCUCAACCAGGUUCUUCAAGCAAUACAGUUUGAUGAAAUACGAGUGUUUGGUUACACGGCCUGGUCUCUCCUGGAUGGCUUUGAAUGGCAGUAUGCCUAUAUGUCUCGCCGAGGACUGUUUUAUGUGGACUUUAAUAGUGAACAGAAAGAAAGGAAACCCAAGACCUCGGCACAUUACUACAAACAGAUCAUACAAGAAAAUGGUUUCCCUUUGAAAGAGUCCACGCCAGACAUGCAGGGUCAGUUUCCCUGUGACUUCUCCUGGGGGGUCACCGAGUCUGUUCUUAAGCCGGAGUUUAUGGUUUCCUCCCCACAGUUUACCGACCCUCACCUGUAUGUGUGGAAUGCCACUGGCAACAGAUUGCUACAGCGAGUAGAAGGAGUAAGGCUAAAAACAAAACCAUCCCACUGCACAGACUAUGUUAGCAUCAAAAAACGAGUUGAGAUGUUGGCCAAAAUGAAAGUCACCCACUACCAGUUUGCUCUGGACUGGGCCACCAUCCUUCCCACUGGCAAUCUGUCUGAAGUUAAUAGACAAGUACUAAGGUACUAUAGGUGUGUGGUGAGCGAAGGACUGAAGCUGGGCGUCUCUCCCAUGGUGACGUUGUACCACCCCACCCACUCCCAUCUAGGCCUCCCUGAGCCGCUUCUUAACAGUGGGGGAUGGCUAAACACUUACACCGCCAAGGCCUUCCAGGACUACGCAGGACUGUGCUUCCAGGAACUAGGGGACUUGGUGAAGCUCUGGAUCACCAUCAAUGAGCCUAAUAGGCUGAGUGACAUGUACAACCGCACGAGUAAUGACACCUACCGUGCAGCCCAUAACCUGAUGAUUGCCCAUGCCCAGGUCUGGCGUCUCUACGACAGGCAGUAUAGGCCAGUCCAGCAUGGAGCUGUGUCGCUGUCCCUACAUUCUGACUGGGUGGAACCUGCCAACCCCUAUGUGGACUCACACUGGAAGGCAGCGGAGCGCUUCCUCCUGUUUGAGAUCGCCUGGUUCGCUGAUCCGCUCUUCAAGACUGGCGACUAUCCACUGGCCAUGAAGGAGUACAUCGCCUCCAAGAACCAGCAAGGGCUGUCCCGCUCAGUCCUGCCGCGCUUCACCCCAGAGGAGAGCAGGCUGGUGAAGGGCACCAUCGACUUCUACGCACUGAACCACUUCACUACUAGGUUCGUGAUACACAAACAGCUCAACAGCAGCCGCUCUAUGGCAGACAGGGACGUCCAGUUCCUGCAGGACAUCACCCGCCUGAGCUCGCCCAGCCGCCUGGCUGUUAUGCCCUGGGGAGCACGCAAGCUGCUUGGGUGGAUCCAGAGGAACUAUGGGGACAUGGACAUCUACAUCACAGCCAAUGGCAUCGAUGAUCUGGCUCUGGAGAAUGAUGGGAUCCGAAAGUACUACUUGGAGAAGUACAUCCAGGAGGCUCUGAAAGCAUACCUCAUUGACAAAGUCAAAAUCAAAGGCUAUUAUGCAUUCAAACUGACUGAAGAGAAAUCUAAGCCUAGAUUUGGAUUUUUCACAUCUGACUUCAAAGCUAAGUCAUCUGUAGAGUUUUAUAGCAAGUUGAUCAGCAGAAGUGGCUUCCCCUCUGAGACUAGCAAUCCCGCAUGUGGUCAGCCUCCAGAAGACACAGACUGCACCAUCUGCUCAUUUUUCACUCAGAAGAAAUCUCUGAUCUUCUUUGGUUGUUGCUUCAUCUCCACUCUGGCUGUACUGCUGUCAAUCACCAUUUUUCAUCAUCGAAAGAGAAGAUUUCAUAAAUCAAAGAACUUAGAAAAUAUACCAUUGAAGGAAGGCCACAGUAGAGUUCUUAGCUAA